GAGUCGGUUCCCAUAAGAGAUAAAUUGUGUGCUGUACAAUAGGAGAGCCGGGUACGAAACUGUCCUUUACUAUUCUGUACCGGGGGACAGUACAGGAACCGGGUACCUAAACCCAUUAGAUAAUAUUAAUUGAAAAGGGAAAUUAAAAGGCAAAAAAAGAUGUCGGCAAAUAAAGAUGGAGACGGUGGAUGGAAGAGCUUUCUGUGGAAUUCGGAAAGGAAGGAAUUUUUAGGACGCACUGGUGGCAGUUGGUUUAAAAUCUUGUUGUUCUACCUGAUCUUCUAUGGAUGCUUGGCUGGGAUUUUCAUCGGGACCAUCCAGGCCCUGCUGCUAACCCUUAGUAACUACAAACCCACCUACCAGGACAGAGUCGCCCCACCAGGUUUAUCCCACACCCCACGCUCUGAAAAGUUUGAGAUCUCUUACAAUGUCAACGAUGUGGAGACGUAUCUGAAGUACACCAAGAGCAUCAAGGAGUUCCUGGAGAUGUACGAUGAAGGGAGGCAGACCGACCAGAUGAAGUACGAAGACUGUGGAGAAUUACCUGGAUCGUACAUUGACCGUGGUGAGCUGGAGAGUGACGUUGGAGCGAGGAAGGCCUGCAGGUUCAAGCGGACCUGGCUGGGACCCUGUGCUGGUCUGGAAGGUCAAGACGAAACUUUCGGCUUCAAGGAUGGGAAACCCUGCCUGAUCGCCAAGCUCAACAGGAUCGUCAACUUCAGACCAAGGCCUCCAACCAACAAUGCCUCUGUCCCUGAUGCCGGCCAGAGCAGAGUCCAGGCCAACGUCAUGCCCAUCCACUGUCAGAACAAGAGAGAGGAGGAUGCUAGCAAGAUUGGUGAGAUCAAGUACUACGGCAUGGGCAUGGGGUUCCCCCUCCAGUACUACCCCUACUAUGGCAAGCUGCUGCAUCCCCAGUACCUGCAACCUCUGGUGGCCAUUCAGUUUACCAACCUCACCUUCAACGAGGAGCUGCGUCUUGAGUGCAAAGUGUACGGAGCGAACAUUGACUACAGCGAGAAAGAUCGCUACCAAGGACGCUUUGACGUUAAGUUCACUAUCGCCAGUUCAUGACCUCAGCUGUGAAAAACACACUGUUAUCUUCCCACAUUUCAAAACAAGAUGAUUUAGAGAGAAAAAAAUUAUAGUUAUAUUAAAAACACGACUAGUCUUGGAACAAAACUUUCAUAAUAUACGGGACCUACAGUCAAUCUGUGUACACUACACUGGCUUCCUGCAUAAUGUCUAGGGUUAGAAUGUACACUACACUGGCUUCCUGCAUAAUGUCUAGGGUUAGAAUGUACACUACACUGGCUUCCUGCAUAAUGUCUAGGGUUAGAAUGUACACUACACUGGCUUCCUGCAUAAUGUCUAGGGUUAGAAUGUACUUUACAGGAAGAGUAGCAAUAGCUACAUAUUUAUUCUACUGUAAAUGAGAAGUCCUUGAGCCAUGGGACAUGUUCAUCUCUUACUGUAAAUUGCAAUUCCACUACUGAUAUUGUAGCGAGCAGUGUUUGUCUGUCUGUCCCCCUAUUCAGCCUAAUGUGCUUUCUAUAUAUUUUUGGAGUGUCCAGUACAGUAGUGGCAUACAAUGGUCCUUUCCAAGCCAUGUUGUAAUUUCUGUUGUCUUAUGUCAGUAAGCUUUAGUGGUCCAAGGUGUGUGUGUUUGUGUGUGUUUGUGUGUUAUAAUGUACUCUUACUAACUGAAAAUACUGGCAUGGUACGCUCUGAUCUCUAAGUCUGUCAGUAAACGGCUGCACUCCCUGGAAUGUUUCCCUGGAAUGUUUUCCCUGUGUCUUUCUGACUUGAUUGUGGGAGAAUUAUUUCUGCAUUACUUUUUUUUCUUUUUGGAUCAACUUUAAUAUGGGACAGAGAGUUUAAUGAAAUGUCUGUUCAAUGCUCCUCCUCUCCCUCUGUUCAAUGCUUCUCCUCCUCCUCUCCCUAUGCUUCUCCUCCUCUCCCUAUGCUUCUCCUCCUCCUCUCCCUAUGCUUCUCCUCCUCCUCUCCCUAUGCUUCUCCUCCUCCUCUCCCUAUGCUUCUCCUCCUCCUCUCUCUAUGUUCAAUGCUUCUCCUCCUCCUCUCCCUAUGCUUCUCCUCCUCUCUCUAUGUUCAAUGCUUCUCCUCCUCCUCUCCCUAUGCUUCUCCUCCUCCUCUCUCUAUGUUCAAUGCUUCUCCUCCUCCUCUCCCUAUGCUUCUCCUCCUCUCUCUAUGUUCAAUGCUUCUCCUUCUCCUCUCUCUAUGCUUCUUCUCCUCCUCUCUCUAUGUAGUCUAGAGCUCCUCCUCUAUGUUCGAUGCUUCUCCUCUUCCUCUCUAUGUUCAAUGCUUUUCCUCCUCCUCUCUAUGUUCAAUGCGUUUCCUCCUCCUCUCUAUAUGUUCAAUGCUUCUCCUCCUCCUCUCCCUAUGCUUCUCCUCCUCUCUCUAUGUUCAAUGCUUCUCCUCCUCUCUCUAUGUUCAAUGCUUCUCCUCCUCCUCUCCCUAUGCUUCUCCUCCUCUCUCUAUGUUCAAUGCUUCUCCUCCUCCUCUCCCUAUGCUUCUCCUCCUCUCUCUAUGUUCAAUGCUUCUCCUCCUCCUCUCCCUAUGCUUCUCCUCCUCCUCUCUCUAUGUUCAAUGCUUCUCCUCCUCCUCCUCUCCCUAUGCUUCUCCUCCUCCUCUCUCUAUGUUCAAUGCUUCUCCUCCUCCUCUCCCUAUGCUUCUCCUCCUCUCUCUGUUCAAUGCUUCUCCUCCUCCUCUCCCUAUGCUUCUCCUCCUCCUCUCUCUAUGUUCAAUGCUUCUCCUCCUCCUCUCCCUCUGCUUCUCCUCCUCCUCUCUCUAUGUAGUCUAGAGCUUCUCCUCCUCCUCUCCCUAUGCUUCUCCUCCUCCUCUCUCUAUGUUCAAUGCUUCUCCUCCUCCUCCUCUCCCUAUGCUUCUCCUCCUCCUCUCUCUAUGUUCAAUGCUUCUCCUCCUCCUCUCCCUAUGCUUCUCCUCCUCUCUCUGUUCAAUGCUUCUCCUCCUCUCCCUAUGCUUCUCCUCCUCCUCUCUCUAUGUUCAAUGCUUCUCCUCCUCCUCUCCCUCUGCUUCUCCUCCUCCUCUCUCUAUGUAGUCUAGAGCUUCUCCUCCUCCUCUCCCUAUGCUUCUCCUCCUCUCUCUAUGUUCAAUGCUUCUCCUCCCCCUCUCCCUAUGCUUCUCCCCCUCCUCUCUCUAUGUUCAAUGCUUCUCCUCCUCCUCCUCUCCCUAUGCUUCUCCUCCUCCUCUCUCUAUGUAGUCUAGAGCUUCUCCUCCUCCUCUCUCUAUGUUCAAUGCUUCUCCUCCUCCUCCUCUCCCUAUGCUUCUCCUCCUCCUCUCUCUAUGUAGUCUAGAGCUUCUCCUCCUCCUCUCUCUAUGUUCAAUGCUUCUCCUCCUCCUCUCCCUCUGCUUCUCCUCCUCCUCUCUCUAUGUUCAAUGCUUCUCCUCCUCCUCUCCCUCUGCUUCUCCUCCUCCUCUCUCUAUGUUCAAUGCUUCUCCUCCUCCUCUCCCUCUGCUUCUCCUCCUCUCUCUAUGUAGUCUAGAGCUUCUCCUCCUCCUCUCUCAAUGUAGUCUAGAGCUUCUCCUCCUCCUCUCUCUAUGUAGUCUAGAGCUAGCAGUGUUCUGUGUGUCCAGCAGCAGGCAGGGAGACUAGCUUCCUUCCUCCUUCAUGGAAACACUGACAGCAACUUUUGUGCUUUUUAAAAACAAACCUUUUGUUUUGCUGUUGCUGGAGACAUCACAUGACGUGGUGUAACUUUCUAAUUGAAUGUUUUAGUCAUUUUCAUGGUGGAAGAGUUUUAUAUUUAUGCAGUUGUACAAUUUUUUUUUUCCCCCGCAGGAAAAAGUGUAAAUGUAUGAAUCUGAUACCAAAGUCGCUGGUCAAAAAGUUAGAAUAUCUGAAGCAAUGCAGUACCCUGUGUAAUAGGAUGUUUUGUUGGUGUAAAAGUGAUUUAAUGUUGAACGUCAGGAGUCCAUCUGCUCUUGUCAUUUUAUUUCAUCUGGGUAAGACCUUAAAAGACAAAAUAAAUUGAGAAAUUA